AUGGAGGCGGGAACAGGAGCCAAAGAGAAUCGCUGUAAGCUCGUGGUGGUUGGAGACACUCAGUGCGGGAAGACCGCGCUCCUGCACGUGUUCGCCAAAGACUCCUACCCUGAGAACUAUGUUCCAACUGUGUUUGAAAACUACACAGCAAGCUUCGAGUUUGACAAGCAGAGAAUUGAGCUGAACAUGUGGGACACAUCAGGCUCCUCCUACUAUGAUAAUGUGCGUCCUCUGGCGUAUCCAGACUGUGAUACCGUCCUCCUCUGUUUUGACAUCAGCAGACCAGAAACAUUGGAGAGCAUCCUCAAGAAGUGGCUGGGGGAGACGCAGGAGUUCUGUCCUGCUGCUCAGCUGGUGCUGGUCGGCUGCAAACUGGACCGGAGGAGCGACACACACACACUCACCGAGCUGGCCAAGACCAGACACUUCCCCGUCACAUACGAGCAGGGCACGUCUCUGGCACGUCAGAUGGGUGCGGUGGCGUAUGCCGAGUGCACGUCUCGCUACUCGGAGAACACGGUCCGAGACGUCUUCCACGUCGCCACGGUAGUGGCCAUCAAUCACGGCCGACCACCCCUCCCACAGGCCGCCCCGCGACCAAUCCUGAAGCGCAUCUCCCACCAGCCGCCGCCCACUCACUCCACAGGCCCCGCCCCUAAGGCCAGGAAGGUCCGAGCCAAGAGCUGCAUCAUCAUGUAG